AUGGUUUUGUGGCGUAUACUCACGAAAUUUUACAGCGAGGACAAGAUUGAUCAAAUCGACAAACGGCUCAGUCGACUAAACCACCUCGUUGAAUCACUGCUCGCAAAUAAUCCAGUGAGAGCGACAAUUGAUACAUCCUCCAGCCGCCCAGAAACAUGUGCUGUUCCUCGCCCCAGGCCAUCGCAAACCACAUCUGCAAGCCCACUCAAUGCAGACGGGCCCGAUCAGAAGAUACUGCAUGAAGCCACGAACGAUGCCAUGCUGGGCCAAUCUUCAUUCACGGCGCAUUCUACAUUUGCUAUUGGUCUCGCGCACGCGGUUGUUGGCUCGAGCCAACCUAAAGGUAGUAAUCAAGAGAUUGAAACACUACUAGGCAUGCUGCGCCAAAUUGGAACUACAUUUAGCGGGCGCCAGGAUUCGUCGAUGCAUUUAUUCCCCCUUAUAACAGCACCAGCUUCUUUGGAGGAGUAUCAAAUGCCCCCUCUGAAAGCUGUUGUCAAGCUUUUGCGGAAAUCACAGGACGAAAGGAAUUUCUUUUUCCUUAGCUUGUCCUUCUUGCUGAGUCCACGAAAUCUGUCAGAUAUAUGCUUGAAGGUUUACUUUGACUCGGACUUCUCUGAUACAGACUUUAUCAUUGUCAAUGCAGCUCUACAUCAUUUGGCCUCCGGUACUGAUAUCCGGAGGACUGGCGUGGAAUACAAUGAUGAACAGAACACUCUAGGCUCAAUGUGCCAAAAGAAUGUUGAGAUCGCGCUUUCAAAAUUGACACUUUAUAUCCAGCCUAGCUAUGACAUGACUCUCGCUCUUGUGCUAGGUGUUAUCUACGCGAUCCACGUCUGCAACCCGUCCCUGGCUGGGGUAUUGGCAAACGCGGCAUACCAGUGCUCUUAUUCUCUUGGAUUUCACGAGCGCUUGAAUGGCUUCGACGAGCCAAAGCAGAAGCAAUUUCUCUUCUGGAUGAUCUACUUCUUCGAGAAGACUUUAUCUGUCCGGCUGGGCCGCUCCUCUUUUAUCCUUGAUCGCGAUAUCGAGAGUCCUUUACCAGAAGAUCUGCAAACGCCCAACCCCCACGUCACUGCCUAUGCGUAUCAAAUAGUGAGGCUUGCAGGGUUAGCUGGCAGUAUUUACGAACAGCUCUAUUCACCAAAGGCGCUCGGUGCGUCUGGAGAUGUGCGGACACACCGAGCACUUGAAUUGUCAAUGAAGCUUCACGAAUACCAUGCAGAGGCGCGCGAUGCGAAUGUGUGUCCAAUCCGCCCGCGCGCUUGCGCAUUCAAUCAACUCUGGGCUCAAGCAACUAGCAACGUUCACGAAAAGCAGCAGAUCCAAUUCAUAGCUGCAUCCGACGAAGUUCUGCGCCUUUCAAUUCUAACUCUCAUCUAUCGAGCCAUGCCACCGGAUCCUGGAUCCAGAACGACAUUUGGCCCAGAGUGCAUCACCUCUGCUAGAUGUGCUCUGGAAGCCCACCAGGCAAUAGUCCGGGGAUUUGAAAUGCACGAAUCAUCGUUACUUCUAUCGGUAUAUGUUAAUUGGACAAUUAUAUUUACACCAUUCACGCCGUUCAUUGUUCUAUUCUGCCAUUGUAUCGAGACACGAGACAAAGAAGACCUAAGCCAAAUGCACACAUUCCUCAAAUCGAUCGAAUGCGCCUGUCAGCAUUCCAGUACAAUCGCGAAGCACCAUCAUCUAUUCUCGGUAUUGUACAACGUCGCAGUACGCUACACAGAGCUAGGUUUCCCAUCUUCUGCAAUGGAGGAAGAACAGAUACAACUGAGGAGCGAAGUGGAUGCGCAUUUGUGCGCUCUUGGACUGCAGCCACACCUGGCAUAUACCUCUCAGAAUCUGCAGGGAAAUGGGUUGACAUCGGCUUUCUCAGGUGUGGGUGUCAUUGAACAAGAUCGAGAUGAGGGAAGUGACUGGCAGGAACCUUGGCUUGGGAGGUGGAUUUCUUUUAAUCAGCAGAUGAUGGGGUUGUUAGACGGGAGUGAUCUGUCAUUUUGUCAUCCACUGAUGCGGCCUUUGCCCACCUAUCCAUGA